AUGGAAGGGGACCUAAAACUGGAGAGAAAAAUAUCUGGAUCAAAGACCCCAAUGGAUGAAAGUAAGAGGAAGACAGCCCCGGAAAUGGUGUAGGCAGCUGGAAAAAAUUGACACUAAGUGACAUUUGUAUUGCAUGAGGAGGACCAUAUCCUAGGAAAUUCUCUUCGUUAUGCAAUCAUGAAGAACCUCGAAGUGGGAUUUUGUUGUUGUACUAUAACCCAUCCUUCAGAGAGCAAAAUCAAUUUUGCACAUACAGACUGCAGGUGCCUUCCAGCUGCUGAGCCAUUUCAGAGAGUCCUGGCUGAGCUCAUGAAUGUCUGCCAGCAUGGGCUUGACAAGUUUGGGGCUAGCAUAAACAAAUAUAAGGAUCAAAAAGCCAUCAGAAAUGAAUAUACAUUCUUUUCCCUUAUGCCCUAUACAGGGAGCACUGACCUGUAG